CUACAAACGGUCAUCACAUCACAGCUACCUCUAAGUCCAAGCUUCCUAGCUAGAAAGUUGGAACCGCAUGCAUCUAUCCUCUCGCAUUCCUGGAGCUUUCCACCUCUAAGCCCACAGCUGCCUCGCUGAUUCGGACUACACAGUGCUCAAAAUCAAAGGGUUCCUCGCUCCACUUUUGAGCAAAGCUGACUGGAGGACGGUCUGCCACUCAGCGUAGAAGACGGUUGACUGCUGCUCGUCCUUAGAAGAAGGACAUGAGAGCCGUAGGUCCGCUGCAUUUCGUCGAGCUUUCCACAUCGUUCACGGGCAGCAGACAUCUCUGCCUCGCAGUUUCGCCGUCCCUCCCUGCUAGUAGAGUUCUCCACUUCUAUAUAAUUAAACAGCUCGUCCGGUAAGAAGAAGAGAACGACGCACGCAGCCAACCACCACACCUCCUUCUUCCUUCUCUAGAUAUCAUUCACACCACCUCGCUCCCCUUCAUCCCAUCAUCACCUGCCUACCUUAGGUCUUGUCUGAUCACCAUCAGUUGGUGGGUGUGAUUAUUCGCAGGGCGCACGCUGCUGAGCUUGUUUUGCCUGUCCAGCAGGUAGCAGAUCAGCUUCUGCAAACUGUCCUCUCUAAUGGGGGAAAUGGUGGCUUCGACUCUUGCUCAAGAGGGCGUGAGCAGGGUGUUCUCGUCCAUCUCAGCCAAGUUCGAUGACAGGGCGUCCAGAGCUCACAACGUCAGAAGGCUCGACAUAGCACUGUCUCGCAUGGAGUAUGCCUUUGAGAGGACCGCGAAGAUGCCAAUCACAUGCGUCUCCCUGCUUCGGCGUUGGAAGAUGCUCAUGAGCGCCUACAACGAGGGAGUUGAUCUGCUCAACAAGCACAAGCUGCCAGCUGCGCUCCAAGGCCACGCAGAAACAGGGCAAGUGGUGGUAAGGAGUUCCUACUACUACCUCCAACGGAUUGCUGGUGCUGCAUAUUUCUCCUUCUCUUCUCUUGCUGGCCUGAACAAGCAGUGCUUGAGCUCGUCCGCUGUCCAAAUAUUUGAGGGGUACGCAGAUAGUGCUGACAAGUUUGUAGCGGACGUGGAGUCCGCCUGCCCACUCCGCCGCGACACCUUCUUCCCCUACCCAUUUGUCAGGCAACUUCUCCAAAGGAGACGUCUCGGGUACUAUAAGAGGGCGAAAGGAAGCCAAGUUCUCUGGUUUGAUAUAAUUCCUGUGGUUUUGGAAGGGCGUGGCGUGGAGGCAAUCAUAUUGUAUAAGCGUUUCGAUCGCGAGAGGUUAGAUAAAAGUUUCAGCCUUGCCUUAAUGCUACGGCUGUCGGAAAGCACGGACAUAGUUGGGACUGCUAUAGAUUGCGUGCGGUCAUCCGCAUCACUGCUCAACCUUCCAGCUCAAGAUGCAAUAAUUGGACAUCUCACCCAAGUGCGUAAUUUACAGGAGAUUUCAGAUUCGUAUGCUCCUCCCUUUGUUGACUUUGAAAAAUCUGUGGCUUCGAUUAGUACAGAGUUCCGCUCGGAUCCACUAUGUUGCCAAGGAAAUGGGCAUGUGCCUAGUGCUAAUAGCACUAACUCAUCGGGAUUAUCGCAUUUAUUCCAAGAGCAAACUAUUUUAUUCGGUUUCAGUUGUUAUGUCUCAGCACUAGAGUACAACUUGCCUAGCGCAUCUGACGAAGCUGGUGGUAGAAACAUCGUGGUAGAUCAGACACCUCUUACGGUGGAAGUUGGCUUCACACCUCAUACCGACCCGAUGUGCAACAGUUUUGUAUUGGAGGCCAUGGGAAGCAAAAACGAACGCUUUCCGUUUGGUGACAUAGAACAAACAGUUGAUAUGACAAGAUCAAGAUCAGUUGAAUUUCUCAUCCGUCAGCCAGAGGUGAAGGAUUAUAACGUUCACUGGUUCUCUAGACAUGGUCAUGCAUACUUUUAUGUGGAAAAGCAAAGGAUCGUCAAGGCAGCCGUGCCCAAAGCCAGCGGCAGGUACAAUACCCGGAGUGCAGCUGCAAAGAGAAAGCGGUCGUAGAAGACUUGGUCUUGUCAACUAGUACCUAGCAUAUAUAUCGUGUGUUUCUUUUACUGAAUGUAACGAGCAGGAGCUCUGCUGCUGUUUGUGAAAUGAAUAAAUGUAUUAUUUUUGCAUUA